UGACGUUUUAAGAAGUGAUUUAGAUAAAUUUGUCAAAACGUUCAAAUAUUUUGUCAGUUUCCUGCAUGAAGAGGACAUACACACGGCUGUAAAUGCUGUGAAGUGCACUUAAUGGUACAAUUCGAAGACACCACCUAUUAAAGAAGAACCUGCUUUAAGAUCUAAUAAAAAUGGCAGAACCCAGUUGGAAACUUGUAUGGCUGACGUUACUUCUACUACCAACAGUUAUUUCCUAUAAAUGUGUCCAGAGAUCUUCUCGGGAUAUUCGCCCUGAUCCGAGAGAUUGUUCUAUGUUUUAUAUAUGUAUAUCUGGUUCAAUCUACAAGUAUAGCUGCCAGCACAAUGUGUAUGACCCUUAUACAGCUUCUUGUGUUCCUAAACAUUCAAAACACGAUACAUGUUCUAAAGUGGAUGGAAGAACACAACAAUGGGCACAAAAACGUUGUCCACCGAUUUCAACAUCCCUUUUACCACAUCCUACAAAUUGUGCUCAAUUUUACAAUUGUUCAAAAUCGGCCAUGGAAUUGGGAUGGGAAGAUAACUUGCAGGAAUGUCCAUACCCUCAGCUGUAUAACGUACAACGGAAACGGUGUGAACAUUAUAGUAUGGUUCAGUGCGACAGUCGUAAAGAACCAUUCUCUCAGUGUGAUUAUAUGAUCAAUCAAUGUCGGACAUCACACUGCAUACCUUGUUCAGUUCGUUACCCUUCUUGUGUAGGACUUCCCGAUGGUCUGAACGUAUGGAAGGAUCGCAGCGAGAGUCCAUAUUUUGUGGUCUGCAAAGGUAACCGAGCGGUUUAUACUGGAUCGUGUGGAUCAAGACCUUUUACUCAGAUAUUUGACAGUAGAAAGCGAAUGUGUGUAGACAAACAAUCUCUUAUCUAAACCGGAAAACAUACAUUAACACAUUAGUUAAUACCACAGAUUGUAAUACUUCUUUGAGAUUUGUAAUUCAAACCAUGUAUAUAAUAAAUAUACGGAUUGACUGAAUGUCAAGUUCUGUUGAUGAACGACAAGCUGAACAAGAGUUUUGUUUUGGACAACCAGUGCUACAUUAAUAACAAUGGAAUUGAGUUUAACGUUCUAGAUUUCUACACCAACCGGGCUAAUGAUACAUUAAUCAAAAUGACAUUCGGUUUAACAUCGUAGGUUUCUGCACCAAUCUGUUACACAUAUAAAUACAUGUACGAGCAUGUUCAACCAGGGGCGUGAGUGUUCAA